GUCACGGCCGUGUAUGGCUGUGUCACGGCCGCUCUCGGGGCUCAGCCCCUCGCUGCGGGGUUUGGCCUUACGGGAUGAUGCUGGUUUCCAAACCGAGGCCUCUAAUGCUGAGCCCAGCCUGGAGUUUGUCCUGGUAUCUUAAUUCGAACGUGAAUGAGGCUAACAGGAAUAAAUGAGUUCGGAAAACAAAAACAAAAACAAAAACAAGAAUAAAUGAGUUCAGAAAAAAACCAGAAGUUCUGUUAUGCAAGCUGGGGCAUUCCUCAAAAACCAGAACGCACAUACAGCUUGGGAGCGACGCGGCUGCUCCCUGCAGUAACGUCAGGCUCUGCUCUUGCUUGCAGACAAGGGCUGACGCAGCACGCCGUGCGGCACCACCCGCUGCCAGAACCCAGCCCUGUCACAGCUGCCUCUGAGAGAUGCCCAGGGACUGCCAGUGCAUCUGGAAUCUCAAAGGAAACAGAUUACCCUUCUGUUACUUCAGCUGAUGAUGGGAAUUCAUGGUCUGCUAGUCCAAGUUACGCAGGCACCUCCACUGAGGACAGCUCCAUCUUCUCUUGGGGCUAUGAUGAAUUUGAUAAAGCUGCCACGCAACAAGUUCAAAACAUGUUCAGGCAACUCGAUGAGCUACUCUAUGAACAAAAAGAAAAUGUCCACGUUGAGGGACUGCAGGAGGAAUGCCAACAGUGGACAUCCAACUUUCCUCAUCUCAGGGUUGUGGGGAAACAGAUAGUGAUCCCCAAAGAUGAAGGGUAUGAAUGGUAUUCAAGUUCACCUUCUGCAAGUUUAGGUUCAUCAGAUGUAAGUCCAUCACAGGAAGAAGGCUCUAAUGAAUUUAGUGUUUUUGGCAAGAAGGUGCCUCUUUCUGUUUCUCCUGUUCUCAAGAAGGCCGACCGUUCCAAGUCUCCGACCUUGUGUUCUCCAGACAGCGAAGAAGAAGAUGGAGUAAUUGUCUCUGAAGGCAUAAUGGAGGAAUAUUUAGCUUUUGACUGCAGAGAUGUGGAGGAGGAACUGCAUGAGGGGAAAAUUGGACUCUGCUCUGGUAGACGAAAAUUGGGGUUUCCUCCUAUCUCUCCAUAUUCCUGCAUGAAGGAUUCUGUGCUCACAUUUGUGUUUGAUGAUGUGUGGAGUGAAGUGCUAGGCUGCAUGGAAGAACUGAUCAGCAGACACUGGGAAGUGUCAGCCUCUGAUGAUGAGAAAAAUAUAAUAAAAGUAGAAGCAAUCCGAGCAGAUUCUGGGAGCCCCCAGCAGUUUGAUCCUCUGCCAGUGCUAUUACCUCGUGUGCCACAAACUAAAAUGCCCUCAGUAACAUCAAAUCUGUGCCCAAAACCCAGAUGUGGCCGCAAAACCAAAAAGAGGAGAAAACCACCUCAAGUAAAUCAAGGGUCAAACAGUGGGUCUCAACGUAACCUAAAUGGCUUGAUAGUGAUACACGGGAUCCACUUACAGCAAAGGAAUCUGCCUGUAAUGGAGAAAACACUGGACCUGGAUGACAAACGCCCAGGCUCCAGUUCCAUCCUCUCAAACAAAGCACGGCCAAAUUGUCCUCCUCUGGAGCUCAGCACAUCACCUCUGUCUCACAACUCCAAGAGGCGAAACCCACCACCGCGUACCCUGCAUCCCAUCGGCACCAGUCAGUCCCGCACCGCGACCCCGCGCUCUGUGGAUGAUGUCUUCAGGGGAACCCGAUUCCUGACUGCACACGAGCAACUGACCUCACCCUCCCCACUGCUGCUAAACCGAAAUCACCUCCUACCACCGAUUGGUAGCACUGAUGUGGCAGAACACACGAGCACGGCAGGAUCGCAGAGGCAAACGAAAUCUCGAGGAAACUCAAGUCGAGCUCACAGCGUAACAACACACGAAGAUACUCACCAGCACCUACACGAGAGGCUCUUCUUACCCGAUCAUUUCUCCAGGACUAAAACAACCAGCAUAUUCUUGCCAGAUCCACAGCAUCGCCGUUCUUGCACUGUUAUUGAUUAUGGCAAUCAUGCUUGGACAAGCAGAGCAUCAACAGGUUCAGGUCUGCAGCCACACGGUUCUGUGAAAGGCCAAAGUCGAAGUGGAUCAGUCACAAAAAACAAACAGGGCUUCUAACGUGUCAUGAGAAGCAGUGUACAGCCACCUCCAGAAAAGUCACGGGCGACCUCUCAGCAACGUCAGGGCUGUUUACAGAGAGUCUUCAAGCACCCUUCCUUACAAACAAUCUUAUUUUUAUACAGUCAAAGAAGCAACUGCCAAAGAUUAGGAGGGAUAUACUUGCACAUUCCAUUUUCUACCAAUACAAAAGGCUAUCCUCCAGCAAAACCCAACGCCUACAAAACCUAGCAAGUACUUUAAAUCACUGCUGUUUUCUAUUACUUAUUACUGUUUUGUGACUGGUUCAUGUUACAGGCUUGUACUGCAGGACCUGCUGAUUUUUCCAUCAGCUCUACAAAAGGUUAAUCACACAUUCCAUAGCAGUAGCUUUGAAAAUUACUUUUAAAGCUCUAUUUAUACACUUAAAGCAAUAUUAUACUAUCAAAAAGAAGCUUUGUAUAUGAUACUGCUUCUACAACUCUGUAGAAGUUUCUGUAGUAGUUGCAGCAGAUGUUAACACAGUUGUGUAAAAAUAAGGUAGCAAAACAGAUGAAGGGAACUGACAGCUUUAAGGGUAGCAUACCACUGAACCCUCCUGUGUUAUAUGCUUACAUAUAAACCUCCUUCUGUGUCUGAAGAAAGUUUAAGGGACAAAAAGGACUCUUACUACAAGCAGUUCCAGAGAAUAUUCCAAGGAAGUAUGUUGUCUUCCUGGCAAGAUGUUUUAUGUAGUUUCACAGAACAGGUCAGUCUCAUUUCCCAAAAAGAAAAACCAAACAAUGGCACAAGAAAUUCGCACUGCAAUUCUGUAGGUAUUUCUACACUCCAUCCUGAAGGUCCCCACACACACCAUGUGGGAGACAUGGUGGAGGGACCAGCUUAGCUGCUCUUGUGGCUCCCAGUGAAAUGAAAACACAGAAUACAGACUUUUCAACAUAAAUGAUUAGUUGAAGGUCUUGCUCCCAAGCAGUAUGCAACAGAUGACUAGCAAGUGUAAAGACAAGCUGAAGAUAACAACAUUCCUGCAUUUUCCUGCAAGAAAACAGUUGAUCCUUUAUAAUUCCAUUUAAAAACAUUUUUUAUAAGUUUCCUUACUCUUAGUAUUUUCCAAGUUACAAUUCAGAAUGGAAACAACUUGUCAGGAUUUUUUAAUGAAGUGGCUCCUGUACUUUCCACUGUAAGCUAUGCAAUCUACUAAGCGUUAGCAGUACCUACACAACAACUAAUGAUUUUUGAACUAGACUGAAGUUCUGCUGAUCAAAGCAUGCAGUUGAUUCAAGCAUGCUCUGAUCAAAAAGAAUGGAAAACAAAGCAAAGCAGAAAUGUACAAAUGGAAGGUUAACUCCUUCCUUUGCAUUUCCAGAGGAAAAAGCAGCUUUGGACUCAAUCAACAUCUCUUUAAGGUAGAAUAGAGAUAAGUGGAUGCCUAAAAGCAGCCAGUGAUCACUAAACUGUUUCAAAACACAGUUUCUCUAAUGGUUAAGACUAGCAGAACGCUGUGCAGUGUAUCAUUUAGUUAUCUCAAGCAGCCUGGAGAUAAGCAUCCUCUUUAAACCAGUGCCGUUCCUCAGGGACCAACACAGUGCUUACGAGUACAAAACUACACAAACUUGAACAGGCUUUUCUAGAACCAUAACGCAGUAUUUUGUAGCCUAGGGGAGGAAACAAGGCAUUAAAAAAAAUGAAAGCCAUCUGGUCAUAAGGUAACUUUUGAUUUCUAUACAAAUGGUUGAGAGAUUUGUCUAUACUGUUUGAUAUCUGUUUUGUAUAGCAAGAGUUAUGUUCAAGUCCCGUGUGUUAACCAACACAGUGACCUACUGAACUCUUUCUGAAUCAGGAUAACUGUUCAAAGCAGCUAAAAGGGAACUCAUUUCCCAUUCUACCUCUGGCUUCCCCUUAGGAAGCUCUAGUAAAUAGUUGCUGAAUUCUAUCACUGAAGUGGUAGGGACCUUCAACUCACAAGUAGGUGUUAGUCAUGUGGCCUUUGAAGAAUGAGCCAUAAAUAAAGCCAGCCUCAUUUCUUUCAGCUACAGCAAGUUACCCUUCAAGUUCAUACCCUGAAUAUACACUACAUAAAGCAGUUUUAAAAGAGCAGAAAUAAUAAUAAUAAAAAAAAAGUUAUGUAUACUUACACAUAUUAGAAGAGCACUUCUGAAAUAACAGAGCUGUUGACAAACACGGAGCACACUAAAGCAGGAGUCAGAAGUAAUCCCUAUCAUCCUAUAGCAGGAGUGUGAUGCCACUAAAAUAGGUGUGUUGCUAGGCUUUGGAAGUCCUCAUCAUGGGACAUCACCAACCCUAGACACACACAAAGCCAGUGUUCUGUGGGUUUAUUAGUUUAUUGCAUCACAUCAGCACGUUAGAAGGUGUUAGGAGAUUUACUGCCAAGUCACUCACCUACUUGCUGCAGUCUCAUUUUCUUAAGGCAACUGCUUACAUGCCACUGUGAAAGAUCAGUUUAUAAAUAAUAAGUGGUCCUUUUGUAUAACUCCAUAACACCAGCACAUUUACCAGUGCAAAUGUCUUCUCAGCUGCUAAAAAAGUAUGCAGUAUUUACUUCAAUAAAAAUAAGUACCAACAUGA